CUCAGUUUGAAAAAGUAGCCGAUGGCAUAUUUUCGAUUGCUCCAUCCUUGGAGCGGAUCUCAGAUCUCGACGUAAUGACCGUCUGGGGACUCCGCACGUGAGAUGCGCCUCCGCCCCCUCCGCAAUGUUGGCCCGAGGUCUUCACAUGCGUCAACUCACAAUCGCUCCAGUAUCAACGUUGCCAGCUUCACCCAUAAUGUGACCUACCGACUGAGCUGUCUGCUAACAAUCAAUAAACAACUCUCUCUAUUGCUUUUACGUCUCCCUCCUCACGUUCUCCCCGACUUCAAAUCACAGCCCAAAAAGGAUACAGAUCGCGUCAUCCCUGCGGACGCUUCUCCUCAUGGCCUUCGACAACCUGGCUUGAGGAUGUAAGCUACCGUGAGGGUACUGUGCAAUACGGAGAAUACGAAUCUCACUGAGAGCGGUAGAGUGGUAUAGAUGAGGCACGAUGGCUGUGCAAUCAACGCUUCGACACCGAGAGGAUCCUCUCGUUACGCUUUUCAACUACUAUGCCGGCCUCCUUCGUUCCCGGAUAAAGCGUUCAUCCAAAACAACCCAAAUCAUCGCCACCCUUGCACUUAUCCUAUCGAUCUUGGGCUCCGGAUAUGGAGGCUAUAAAUGGUUUAGGGAGAGGGCCAAAGAACGUGCGCGAGGAAGCCGAUUGUUGCGUCGGAAUUCCGGGAUUCGAGGAAAAGAUGGAACUCGCACCAUAUACGUGCCUUAUAAGGAUUCUAUGACCUCCAAGGUUAAAAUCUAUCCCACCAAACAAACAACUUUUGAUGCGCACCGACGUUUAUUCUUGAACCCGCCUGCCGCCGCCCGUGUAGGUGAUGGAGAGUCGGUCAAUCAGAUCCCGCCGCCAACCACAAAGCCAGGCUUGAACCUGGCAUUCCUUCACCAGUUCCUCAGCCUCGGAAGUAUCAUGGUUCCGAGAUGGGGCAGUAAAGAGACUGGGUUACUGAUGGGUCAUGGUGUUUUCUUGCUAUUGCGGACAUAUCUAUCUCUAUUGAUCGCACGCCUCGAUGGCGAGAUUGUGAGGGAUCUCGUCACUGGUAAAGGGCGCGCUUUCACUUGGGGCAUUAUCAAGUGGUGUGGUAUCGGUACACUUGCUUCCUACACCAACGCCAUGAUCAAAUUUCUCCAAUCGAAGGUGUCUAUUGCUUUUCGGACCCGUCUCACGAGGUAUAUCCAUGAUCUCUACCUCACAGGCGAUAACAACUACUACAAGUUGAUGAAUCUGGAUGGCAGUGUCGGCCAAGGACCGGACCAGUUCAUCACCCAGGACCUUACUCUCUUCUGUUCUGCGGCUGCCGCCCUCUAUUCGUCCAUGGGGAAACCUUUGGUGGACUUGUUCGUUUUCAAUUUUCAACUGUACCGUUCGCUUGGACCUUUGGCGCUUACAGGUAUCCUCACGGGCUACUUCAGUACAGCAGCAGUCCUGAGAAAGCUCUCACCACCCUUCGGGAAGCUAAAGGCCGUUGAGGGCAAGAAGGAGGGCGACUUUCGAAGCCUACAUUCCCGAUUACUUGCCAAUGCUGAAGAAAUAUCCUUCUAUGGCGGUGCAGACAUCGAACGGGUUUUCCUAACGAGAAGCUUCAAGGACCUUCAACGCUGGAUGGAGGGUAUUUACAGUCUCAAGAUCCGCUAUAACAUGCUCGAAGAUGUUAUUCUGAAGUAUGCUUGGUCUGCGUUUGGCUACCUCAUCACAUCUCUGCCAAUAUUUCUUCCUGCCUGGGGUGGCUUGGGUGGUGGUAUGGAGCUGGUAGAUGUGCCCGAGGGAACUGGUCGGGAACGAGACCGCAUGAAGGAGUUCAUCACGAACAAGCGCCUGAUGCUGUCCUUGGCCGAUGCCGGUGGCCGGAUGAUGUAUAGCAUCAAGGACAUCUCGGAGCUGGCUGGUUAUACGUCUCGAGUCUACAGCCUGAUAUCCACGCUCCACAGAGUCCAUGCGAAUGCAUACUACCCCCCACGCAACUCCCAUGCCGAAGUGCAUUCUCUUGCAGAUGUACAAGGAACGAUCCACAACGGUUUUGACGGCGUGCGUCUGGAACAAGUCCCCAUUGUCGCGCCUUCACUCUACCCUCGUGGUGGCGAUGAGCUUCUCGAAUCGCUGUCAUUUGUCGUGCACUCCGGUGACCACCUUCUGAUAUCCGGACCGAAUGGGGUGGGCAAGUCUGCUAUUGCUCGGGUUGUUUCCGGGUUGUGGCCAGUGUACCGCGGCUUGGUCAGUCGACCAAGAGGGUUUGGGCUCGACGGCAUCAUGUUCCUCCCCCAACGGCCCUAUCUUAGCGUGGGUACUCUGCGUGAUCAAGUCAUUUACCCUCACACAGCAAUCGACAUGCACGAGGCCGGUAUAACCGACGCUGCUCUGCAGGAGGUUUUGGAUGACGCUCAUUUGGGCUACCUGCCCGGGCGCGAGGGCGGAUGGGACUCUCGCAAGGAGUGGAAAGAUGUACUGAGUGGAGGAGAGAAACAGCGCAUGGCACUGGCACGCAUUUAUUACCACGAGCCUCGCUAUGCCUUUCUCGAUGAGGGAACCUCUGCGGUCUCUUCCGACGUCGAGGGCUUGCUGUACCAGCGGGCAAAAGAGCGGGGAAUAACCUUGAUCACGAUUUCCACGCGCGCAUCCCUGAAGAAGUACCACACUUACAACCUUAGCAUUAGCAUUGGAGAUGAAGGUGAGCAAUGGGAGUUUGAGAGGAUUGGCACCGCGAAGGAGAAGCUGGGGGUAGAGAAGGAGCUGCAGGAGAUUCGCAAGCGGCUUGACAAGGUCGAAGAGUGGAAGCGACGCCGGGAAGAGAUUGAGGACGAGCUGCGCAAGGUCUGGAUUGAAGAGGGGGAGCUUGCUCCACCGCCAUAUGAGGCCAAAUCUGAAGCAGCUGGGGUACAGGCAGUUGAGUGAUGAUGGUCAGCGGCAGUGGCUGAUGUUCGUGGCCAUCUGUUGACGGGUUUCAAUUCCCAACAACGUCUUUCUGGAGAUAAACUUUACCUGUGCUUCUUUAAGGAUAGCAAUACAUUCUUUGCCAUUGUC